AUGAGUGGUGACAAGGGCAACAAAGCUGGUGAGAGGCGGGAACGGCGCCCGCCGCGCUGUGACGUCAUCGCCCGCGGCCCGGCGGCGCCUCCCGGCUGCGCGCUCCCCCUCCCCCCGCCCCCCCUUUCCCGUCCCCGCCACCUCCUCGCGGCCCCCGUAGCGGCGGAACACCCCCCCCCCCCCCCCUUUCCCCCUCCCUCCGCACUCGCCGGCCACCGUCCCGGGGAGGAGGUGCCGCGGCGGCGGAUGGUCCGCGUCGUCCCGCCGCCCCCCGGCCGCCCCUCCUCCCGCAGUCGGCGGCGGCGGCGGCGUCGGCGGCAGAUGGCGCGGGAGCGCGGGGCGCGGCGGGGCCCGGGCUGGCGUGGAGGGAGGCCGAGACGUUUGCUUUUGGCUCUGCUCUUAUUGCUGUUACCCGCCGUGCCGGGGCUCGGGCCCGCCGCCGCCGCUGCCGCCGAAGAAAAAGAAGAGGAUGGGGGAACGGCGAAAGAAUGCGACAAACCGUGCGCUAACGGCGGGCGGUGCCAACCGGGCAGCGGGCAGUGCGAGUGUCAGCCCGGUUGGGUGGGCGAUCAGUGCCAGCAUUGCGGCGGACGCUUCAGACUCAUUGAACCUUCAGGGUACGUAACGGAUGGGCCUGGAAACUACAAAUACAAAACAAAAUGCACCUGGCUAAUUGAAGGAAGGCCAAACACAAUCCUGAGGCUUCGAUUCAAUCACUUUGCCACAGAGUGCAGUUGGGACCACUUAUAUGUGUAUGAUGGAGAUUCAAUUUAUGCUCCUUUACUGGCAGCUUUUAGUGGUCUGAUUGUUCCUGAGAAGGACAGCAAUGAAACGGUCCCAGAAGUUGUAGCUACUUCUGGAUAUGCUCUUCUGCAUUUCUUCAGUGAUGCUGCUUAUAAUUUGACAGGGUUUAACAUCACGUAUAAUUUCAAUACGUGUCCCAAUAAUUGCUCUGGCCGAGGAGAGUGCAAGCUCAACAGCAGCAGCAAUGCUCUUGAAUGUGAAUGUGCCAAAUACUGGAAGGGAGAAGCUUGUGAUAUUCCCUACUGCACAGAUGACUGUGGGGCACCAGAGAGGGGAUUUUGCAACUUCAAUGAUACUAAAGCAUGUGUUUGCUCUGCAGGCUGGCAAGGUCCUGGCUGUUCAAUUCCCGUUCCUGCAAAUCGGUCGUUUUGGACCCGUGAGGAAUAUUCUCUUCCAAAACUUCCUAGAGCAUCUCACAAAACCGUCAUCCACGACAAUAAAAUGUGGAUUGUUGGAGGCUACGUCUUCAAUCAUUCUGACACUCAGAAGGUUUUAGCGUAUGAUCUUAUUUCUGAAGAGUGGCUUCCACUGAACAGCACUGUGAACUCAGUAGAGAUGAGAUACGGUCAUUCACUGGCACUACAUAAGGAUGACAUAUACAUGUAUGGUGGAAAAAUAGAUGCCACGGGGAAUGUGAGCAGCCAGCUGUGGGUGUUUAACAUUCCCAGCCAGUCCUGGACUCAGGCAGCACCAAAAGCCAAGGAGCAGUACGCUGUGGUUGGCCAUUCAGCACACAUUGUCACCUUGGAGGAUGAGAGCGUGGUCAUGCUUGUCAUCUUUGGGCACUGUCCCCUUUAUGGGUACAUCAGCAACGUCCAGGAGUACAACUUAGCCACAAACACGUGGAGCAUCUUACAGACAAGUGGAGCUUUGGUACAGGGAGGGUAUGGUCACAGUAGUGUUUAUGAUCCACAUACAAGAUCCAUUUAUAUCCACGGAGGUUACAAGGCAUUCAGUGCCAACAAAUACAGGUUAGCAGAUGACCUGUACAGAUAUGAAGUUGAUUCCCGGAUGUGGACGAUUCUUAAAGACAGCAGAUUUUUCCGCUAUUUGCACACAGCCGUGAUAAUGAGUGGAACCAUGCUGGUGUUUGGAGGGAACACGCACAACGACACCUCCAUGAGCCACGGUGCUAAGUGCUUUUCUUCCGAUUUUAUGGCCUACGAUAUCGCCUGCAACAAGUGGUCCGUUCUUCCUCGCCCGGGUCUCCAUCAUGAUGUGAACAGGUUUGGACAUUCUGCAGUGCUGUACAACAGCACCAUGUAUAUAUUCGGAGGCUUCAACAGCCUCCUGCUGAGUGACAUCCUGAAGUACACCCCAGAGAGAUGUGAGGCCUUCACUAACGAGACCUCCUGCACGCAAGCAGGACCUGGUGUGCGCUGUGUGUGGGCUCCUGCCCGGCCUGGCUGCGUGCCCUGGGAAAUGGCCACAGUGCAGCAACAGCAAAAGGUCCUUGAGGAUUGUCCUGCCAAGUCAGUUGUAGACAAUGAAAAAUGUGAUCAGAUUACAGACUGCUAUAGCUGUACAGCAAACACAAACAACUGUCAGUGGUGCACCGACCAGUGUAUCUCAAUGCAUAACAACUGCACGGAGGAACAGGUUCCCAUUACUGCUUAUGAGAAUUGUCCUAAGGAUAACCCUGCCUAUUACUGUAACAAAAGGACAAGCUGUAAAAGCUGUGCCAUGGAUCAGAAUUGUCAGUGGGAACCAAGGAAUCAGGAGUGCAUUGCUUUACCAGAAAAUAUCUGUGGAACAAACUGGCAUUUGGUCAGCAACUCUUGCCUGAAAAUUACAAAUGCAAAGGAGAACUACGAUCACGCCAAGCUGUCCUGCAGGUCCAGUGGAGCUUCAUUGGCUUCUCUGACCACCCAGAAAAAGGUGGAAUUUGUUCUGAAGGAGCUGCAGAAGAUGCAGUCUUCGUCCAAAGCAUUGACUCCGUGGGUUGGCCUGAGGAAGAUCAACGUGUCGUAUUGGUGCUGGGAGGACAUGUCACCCUUCACCAACACCCUGCUCCAGUGGCUCCCCGAUGAACCCAGCGAUGCUGGAUUUUGUGGUUAUCUAGCUGAGCCUUCCAGCCAGGGACUGAAGGCAGCAACGUGCAUCAAUGAAGUCAAUGGCAGUGUCUGCGAAAGGGCAGCCAACCACAGCGCCAAGCAGUGCCGCACGCCCUGCGCCCUGCGCACCAUGUGUGGUGAGUGCACGAGUGGCAGCUCUGAGUGCAUGUGGUGCAGCAACAUGAAGCAGUGUGUGGACUCCAACGCCUACGUGGCCUCCUUCCCCUACGGGCAGUGCAUGGAGUGGUACACCAUGAGCAGCUGUCCACCUGAAAACUGCUCAGGCUACUGCACGUGCUCUCAUUGCCUGGAGCAGCCUGGCUGUGGAUGGUGCACGGAUCCCAGCAACACUGGCAAGGGGAAAUGCAUUGAUGGCUCCUACCGAGGUGCACUCAAGAUGCCAACCCCAUCUGCAACAGGAAAACAAAGCUUGGAGCCUGUCCUUAAUGUCAGCAUGUGUGCUGGAGAGCACAGUUAUAACUGGUCCUUUAUCCAGUGUCCAGCCUGCCAGUGCAAUGGGCACAGUAAGUGCAUAAAUGAAAGCAUCUGUGAGAAGUGUGAAAAUCUGACAACUGGCAAACACUGUGAAACUUGUAUCUCUGGCUACUAUGGUGAUCCUACUAAUGGAGGAACAUGCCAGCCUUGCAAGUGCAACGGCCAUGCCUCCGUCUGCAACACCAACACGGGGAAGUGUUUCUGCACCACCAAGGGAAUCAAAGGAGAUGAGUGUCAACUGUGCGAAGUAGAAAACCGCUAUCAGGGAAAUCCACUUAAAGGAACGUGUUACUAUACUCUUCUCAUUGACUACCAGUUCACCUUUAGCCUUUCUCAAGAGGACGAUCGCUAUUACACAGCAAUCAACUUUGUAGCAACACCUGAAGAGCAAAACAGAGACCUGGAUAUGUUUAUCAACGCAUCGAAAAACUUCAACCUCAAUAUUACUUGGGCAACAAGCUUUGCAGCUGGCACGCAGGCUGGGGAGGAGAUUCCUGUUGUUUCAAGAACAAAUAUAAAGGAAUACAAGGACAGCUUCUCCAACGAGAAGUUUGAUUUCCGCAACAAUCCAAACAUCACCUUCUUUGUCUACGUCAGCAACUUCACCUGGCCAAUAAAAAUACAGAUUGCAUUCUCACAACACAGCAACUUUAUGGACCUGGUACAGUUCUUUGUGACGUUUUUCAGUUGUUUCCUGUCUCUGCUCCUGGUGGCAGCUGUGGUCUGGAAGAUUAAGCAGAGUUGCUGGGCAUCGCGAAGAAGAGAGCAACUACUCCGUGAGAUGCAACAGAUGGCAAGUCGCCCCUUCGCCUCCAUCAACGUUGCCUUAGAAACAGAUGAAGAGCCGCCAGAUCUCAUUGGGGGAAGCAUAAAGACUGUGCCGAAGCCGAUAGCGCUGGAGCCGUGCUUUGGUAACAAAGCAGCUGUUCUCUCUGUAUUUGUGAGGUUGCCUCGAGGGGUUGGGGGUAUCCCACCACCAGGACAGUCAGGUCUUGCUGUGGCCAGUGCACUGGUGGACAUUUCACAACAGAUGCCAAUUGCCUACAAAGAGAAAUCGGGUGCAAUACGAAAUCGGAAACAGCAGCCCCCUGCACAGCCAGGAACCUGUAUUUGAUGCAUGGACAUCAGAAACUCUAUAGGGUUUUAAUCAAAAUGGUAACGUACCACCGAGGAGGAGGAGGAGGAAGAUUCUCAAGUUGUGUGUCACAAGAGACUAGAAGCACUCAGAAAAACACAGCUUCCUUGAACCCAACCUUUUCUCUCAUCUACGUGAUAGUUGGCUUUAUUUGGCAACUGCUCCACUUAAGUUUUACUGACACGUGGCUUCAGAUUGCGCCUUUGUUUUCUUCAAGUUUAAAGUAAAAUAAUUUUCUUGCAGGUCCAGUAACAUCCAGUCGCCACCAUUCAUGGUCAGUGUAAAUAGAACAGUAGUCCUAUGAAUGACACUCAGGUUUAUACAUGGAAAGUGCUUUGUAGUUCAUGUAUUUAUCAAACUGUACAAAAGAAGAAAAAAAAAGAUGCAGUGUUUACAGGUGUCAGCUCUCAACACAUAAACACUACUAUUAAUCUUCAAAGCAUCUUCAUCCUUUUUUUUUUUUUCUUUUAAUUCCCACAUUAUUUAAGUGGAACUCUCUUCCAGAUACAGUUUUUGUCACCUUGAUCCACAACAUCAGGAAGGGGAAAGCUAGAGUGGCUCAAAGGGUGAGUUUGUGUGUUGCUCAGACUGCUUGUUACACCUGGAGAAGUGCAACGUCGCUGCUGAAGGACUCAGUGUUUACAUAGUCUUAACCUACUUGGAGUUCACCACACACAAGUGCCUAGACUUGAACAGAUCUAGGGAGCGAGGAGACUACUACACAGUUGUUUUUAACAUAAUUAUAUUCCUUUUCAAUAUAUAUAUGUGUACACACACGUACAUAUAUAUGUGUAGUCACCCAAGACAACCUGUGUUCUUUAUAUCACAUGUGGUCAGGGGAAAAUGGCAUUUUCCUGACCAGCAAACUACUCUGCCAGAUGCAAAUAUCUGGAGGGAAAGCAGUGUUUCAAUAUCUCAUAGGAAAACGCCUGGUUUCACUAGUGCUUUUAAUAGAAGCACUUUGUGUUCUGGGUCAGAUAUGUUACAUUUCUUUGGCCUCUUCCCCUCUUCCUUCCCUUGGGCCAUUUUUAUGGGUAUGAGCUGAGCUGUGCUGGUGCACAAAAGCACCACUCCUCAGCUGUAAGACUUUGUCCCAGCUCCUCAGUGGGUGUAAAGAGCAGCACUGCACUGGCCAGAUGCUUGAAGAUGAAGAAUUCAAAUAAUAAUAAUAAUUAAACAAAGGCAGAGCAUCUUCAUGGGCCACGUUUGAAUUUUCUGUGAUUUCUGUGAUUAAUUCUGGAUGUUCCCCAUUCAGGUCGAGCUGCUGUAGGUGUUGAAGAAGUUGGCUUGUUGGUGAUAGGAAGAGGCUUGCAAAGAGCAAAAAGAAGGUUUGGCUUUUGGAGGACGUAUCAAACCAUCCCAUGGUGUUUAAAAUAAACUAGUUGGGAUCUUGGCUUGAGGCUCCAGUUUGGGCUGUGCCCAUCAAUCUCCACACUGCCACGUGAGAUCCCCUCUGCUUCUGCUCAUUGUAGGGAAUGCUGUGCCAAGACCACGAGAAGUUGGGAUAGUGAAACCAAUGGGAAGAUGUUGCAGUGCCAAAUGAGGUGUUAGUCGAUCAUUUGAAGCGUGGUUCCAUUCAGGUUGCUGGUUUCUGGUGAGGACAUCAGGUGGUUAUGGGAAAGGAGAAGUGACAAAUCUGGGGGGGGGGCAAAAGGAAGAGCUAUCAAAUCUUUUCUCCAAAACAAAAACCAGUACCUGCAUCUUUUUUUUUUUUUUUUGCAUACGUUUUGGU